AUGGCAUGCCUUCGUAUCCCUACGCUGGACCGCAUGAUCCUCCUCCUCCUCCUCCUCCUCCUCCUCCUCCUCAACCUCCUCCUCCUCCUCCUCCUCCCUCCCUCCUCCUCCUCCUCCCUCCUCCUCCUCCUCCUCCUCCUCCUCCUCUUGGAGCAGCCGCAGAAUCGUGGCGCUGAUGCCCUACGGCCAAGAACUUUUGCUCAGCGUGCCGCGCCGCCCUUUCUGGCCCCCCAGGCGGCAGCGCCCCCGAGCGGCUCCUGCCCCCCGGCCCCGCGGAGCGGAGCCGCAGGCCGUCGGCCUGCAGUUGCGCAGCGCAGCACAGUGGCCGCCGGCGCGCCACACGGCAGCAGGAAGAGGAGCAGAAGGAGCACAGGAGGAGGAGCAGGAGGAGGCUGA